AUGGUUUUCAUGGAAUCUGUCCCUGUGGUGCCUGUGACCCACGUCAUUCUUGCCUUUGGAACACUGUGGGCUCUUUAUCUCUGUGGUCGGAUCACCUACAACGUCUACUGGCAUCCACUGGCAAAGUUCCCUGGUCCCAAGCUGCACGUAGCAACCUUCAUUCCGUACUACUGGGCUACGUGGCUGGGAAAUCUAAACAUGUCCACAAGGAAACUCCACGAUCGUUACGGUCAUGUAGUCCGCAUCAACCCGAAUACACUGUCAUUUGUUAGUGCUCAAUCAUGGAAAGACAUCCACGGACACCGCCCUGGCCGGAUACAGCUGCCAAAGAACAGGGAAGCCUUGGAAGAAAAGAAUCAACCUCCAUCUAUCGCUAGUAUCAUAGGCGACGCAGACCAUGCCAGAGUACGAGGACUAAUUUCCCCUGCUUUCUCGGAACGGGCGAUGCGGGAACAGGAGUCGCUGAUUAUGGGGUACAUCGAUCUCUUGAUACAAAGGCUGAAGGCUCAAAUUCAAGGUCCGAAUAAGGGCGAGGUAGACCUAGUCCGAUGGUACAACUUCACCACUUUCGACAUAGUCGGCGACCUCGCGCUCGGCGAACCUUUCGGCAGUCUUGAGAGCGGUGAAUAUCAUUUCUGGAUAUCCAACAUCUUCAGGGGCAUCAAGACAACGAAUAUACUUGCAAUCGGCAACGCAUACCCUAUCAUAGGAGCCCUGAUUUCUUGCGCUUUUAGGCUCUCCCCUAAAGCUGGUGAAGCUCGACAAAGGCAUAGGGAGUACAGCAAAGUGGCUUUGCAGAGAAGAAUGGCAAAGAAGGUCGAAAAGAAAGAUUUCAUGUCAUAUAUCCUGCGUCGCAAAGAUGAAAGCGGACUGACAGACGAUGAGCUCAACGAAAAUGCUUCCAUCUUGAUACUAGCAGGGUCCGAAACUACGGCGACACUCUUGUCUGGAGCUACUUACUACCUCUUGACGAACAAGGUGGCUCUGGACAAAGUCUGUGACGAAGUCCGCGGCGCUUUUCAAAGCGAAGGCAACAUCACCUUUGCUUCUGUGACUCGACUACCCUAUCUCAAUGCCGUGAUAGAAGAAAGUUUGCGACUCUACCCUCCAGUCCCUAGUACACUCCCCAGGCGUACACUUGCGCAAGGAAAUGUCAUCGAUGGUCACUUUGUCCCGGGAAAUACCACAGUAGGAGUGAACCACUGGUCGGCCUAUCGAUCCAAGGACAAUUUCCGCGACCCCGAAACCUUCGUACCGGAACGCUGGCUCGACGAUCCAGUCUACGCAAACGACCAGAGAGCGGUACUUCAGCCGUUCGCGAUCGGUCCACGGAAUUGCAUCGGGAAGAAUCUGGCGUACGCCGAGAUGCGCAGCAUUCUCGCGCGGAUGCUCUGGCACUUCGACAUGGAGCUCUGCGAAGCAAGCAAGGGGUGGACUGAUCAGCUUGCAUUUGUGCUGUGGGAAAAGCCUGCACUAUUGGUCAAGUUGACAGAGAGGACCGAUCGGUAG